AUGGGAGCAAAGACAAAUAAAGGAGAUUUAAACGACUUACUCAUGGGUUAUGAUGACCUUUUUGCAUGGACUUCUCAAGACUUAGGUCGUACCAGCUUCGUCACUCAUCCUAUUUUUACUGACAACGCUCCUCCUAUCAAACAACGUUAUUAUCGUACAUCUCCUAAAGAACGGGAAUUUCUGGAAAAAGAGAUCAAUCGGAUGCUUCGAGAAGGCCUUAUCCAACCUUCUUAUGGCCCCUGGGCUUCCUCCGUUAUGCUUGUCAAACAACAUGACAAGAUCCGUUUUUGUAUUGAUUAUCACCGUCUCAAUGCUGUCACAAAAAAAGACAUGGUUACUGGCAGAUCGAGAUGA